AAAAAUAAAAAUCAAUGUACUCAAAUUUCUAAUGGUAACAAUAACACAAAGCAAUUUUUGGAAAAAGAAGAUUUUGAGCUAGAAAAGAUAAUUGAAAAUGCGUUAGAUUUAGAAGAUGAUUUACAACAUAAAAAUACACAAAGUUCUGAUUUUAAUAAUUCCAUUUUUAAUACAAUGAAAUUUCAAUGCUUUCAAGAUAAUGACAACGUUACAAAUAAUGAAACUUUUGAAAAUCCUGUUCGAAAAAAACUUAAAUUGGACGAUAAUAAUAAAUAUUUAGCUUCUGAAAAUGCAAGACAUCGGCAAGAUAAUUUUCAAAACAAUGCAAGUAUAUACGAUAGUAGUUCAUCUAACAGUUUAGAUUCUCAAAAUCAAUAUGAUACAGUAUUAAACUUUGAUAAAGCGAUAAAUGAUCAAAGUGAAGAUAAAAAUGAUGCUAUAAAAUGUAAAGAGAUUGUAAGAUAUAAAGAUAAAGCAGGCCUAUUGAAUCAUUUUUAUAAUGUUUGUGUCAAAAAAUUAAAUAUAUAUCUGAUUUCUCGAAAUAUAUUAAACCACAAAAUUGUAUCAUAUGGUAAAAUAGUACAAUCUAAUAACCAACAAUUGACAAAUUUAGAUUUAUUUAUGGAUUUUUGUAAAGAAGUUUUAGGUCAAUUAAAAUCUGCAUUUGACAAAAUUAAAGAAGAACCGAUUUCAAUUAAAGAAGAAAUUUUCUAUUUAAAAGCAAGGACAAAAAAAUUAUAUCUAAGUUAG